AGCGUUCCGUCACAUUUUCCUAAAAAUAUAAGCAAUGUUCCAAUUUCGCUCAAAUGCCAGUGAGGCUGCUUUAAAUUCCUCCGGCCAUGGCCCCCAGGAGCCUACAGAGUUGGCCCCAAACGGAGAAAGGGACAACUGGCCAGAGCAUUUGGUCCCAGGGGUCAGGAGUCCAGGCUCUUCCUCUGCUCUGGCGUCCAGCGGGAUGGUAAGUCCAAACGUGUGGGUGGAGGAUGAAGAAUACAAGCUGAUUCUCCAGGACAGCCCCGCAGGAGCGCCGUCCCAGCAUCCUACCCAAGACAUGUCGGCAGGUACCACAGCUUUGCAGGAUCUGCAGGAGAAGGAAAAAACACCAAAGAGGCUGAGGCUCCUGCUGGUGGGGAAAAGUGGAAGUGGGAAAAGCGCCACAGGAAACAGCAUCCUGGGCAGUGAAGCCUUCGAAUCCAAGUUCAGCGCCAGACCCGUGACCAUGACCUUCCAGCGUGGGUGCCGAGACUGGGCCGGGAAAAAGCUUGAGGUGACCGACACCCCCGAUAUUCUGUCUUCUCGGGUUUCACGGGAAGGGGCAACUCAGGGUCCCUGGGCAGCCGUCGCCUGCUGCACCCCAGGGCCACAUGCAGUGCUGCUGGUGACGAAGCUGGGCCACUUCACAAAGGAGGACCAGGAGGUGGUCAGGCGCCUCCAGGAGGUCUUUGGGGUGGGCAUCCUGGCCCACACUGUCCUGGUUUUCACUUGUAAGGAGGACCUGGAGGGCGGCUCCCUGGACGAGUAUCUGCGGGACACUAACAACCAGGAGCUUGCAGACCUGGACAUGGUUUGUGGGCAGCGCCACUGUGGCUUCAACAACAGGGCAGAUGGCACAGCGCAGGAGGCCCAGCUGAUGGAGCUCAUGGAGACCAUCAAGGUGAUCCUGUGGGAACACGACGGCCGUCCUUACAGCAAGGAGGCUUAACCCUUGCUGCCAGCUGCACCUCCUGCACACAGAAGGGCAGGGAGGG